CCUCACAACACAACAUCAGCCCUCGCAGCAUCCGCAUCUCGCCGCCAACCAGGACCAGGAGCACAUCUUCAUCUGAGCAUCCAUUCCACAACUGUCUACCGUCGUCUGCGCACUGCAGACGCCAGGCGCGCUCAUCCACUACAUGCGGUUUUUUUUUUCUUUUUUAAAAGAUUUUGUCUCGGCUCGGAUUAUUUUCUUUGUUGCAUUUGUACUCUCCGAGAUGGUCUAAUGUUUUAACAACAUCUUUUAAAGGAAGAAUACGCUCGAGACGCGAGGAGCAUCACCAUUGCAUCGCGGUUAUUACAUCUCUGAGCUGCAGAGCUGCAGUGAUCCCCCCAAAGCUGAAAUACAGCAGACCCAUCAGUAGAGGUGCUUCUCAUCAGCUCUUCACAGGAUAGUCUGCUCAGGUGCUUUAGAUGCCCAGCAGCAGCCUGAAGGAUUGAGGCUUUGAGACCCUCAGGAUCUCCUCCCUGGCAGACACCCUUCUGACCCUGAAAGCUCCUGUGCGUUCCACCUACAGUCACCAUGGGAACCGUGCUGUCUUUGUCGCCUACCUACCGAAAGGCAGGCCUCUUUGAGGAUGGGCCUGCAACUGUGGGCCACUAUACAGCGGUCCAGAACAGCAAGAACGCCAAAGACAAGAACCUGAAGCGACACUCCCUCAUCAACGUGCUCCCUUGGAAGCGGAUAGUUGCGGUGUCGGCCAAGAAGAAAAGCUCCAAGAAGGUGCAGCCCAACGGCACCUACCAGAACAAUGUCACCCACCUAAACAAUGAGAACCUGAAGAAGUCGCAGUCUUGCGCCAACCUGUCCACCUUCACCCAAGACCAGAGCACUCCAGCUCUCACCAAGAGCUCCAACAACACCACAUCUUCAGUUAAGAAGGCGCCCCUGACCAACUCCAAUGUGGCCCCCGGGACUCCUAAGAGGGUGAUCGUCCAGGCCUCCACCAGCGAGCUGCUGCGCUGCCUGGGGGAGUUUCUGUGUCGGCGUUGCUACCGCCUCAAACACCUUUCACCUACUGACCCCGUGCUGUGGCUGCGCAGCGUGGACCGCUCCCUGCUGCUGCAAGGCUGGCAGGACCAGGGCUUCAUCACCCCGGCCAACGUGGUCUUCGUCUACAUGCUUUGCCGCGACGUGGUCUCCUCCGAAGUGGGCACGGAGCACGAGCUGCAGGCCGUGCUGCUCACCUGCCUCUACCUGUCUUACUCCUACAUGGGCAACGAGAUCUCCUAUCCGCUUAAGCCCUUCUUGGUGGAGAGUUCCAAGGAAACCUUCUGGGACCGCUGCUUGUCCAUCAUCAACCUGAUGAGCGCCAAGAUGCUCCAGAUCAACUCCGACCCUCACUACUUUACUCAGGUGUUUGCCGACCUGAAGAACGAGAGCCAGAAGGAGGAGGAGAGGAGCCGCCUGCUCAUUGGCCUGGACCGGAGGGUGAGGGCCAUCGCCUGACUGGCUUCUUCACGCAUCACUGAUGAACAGACAUCCCGGCUGGCUCUCUAGAACACCCACGUCCCCUCCACUAAACACGGAUACGACUGGACAUGUUUUUACUGCGAUGCAUAUCUGGCCAUCUAAGGAAAAAGAGCAGCGUGAGCCAUCAGUGCUGGAUCCAUAUUUUUGUGGGUUUCUGGCUCUACAGGAGGACUUAUAUAGAUAGAUCACCUGGGUGGACAGUGAGCACUGCUUUGUGGGACUUUUGCUAAAAACACAACAGCCAGUGGACAUAUAUGGUGGGAAAAAAAACUCAUGAAACAGGUUAACGGAUGUUUUGCUCCACACCUUAUGGAGGCUUAUUUAUUGCUUUUAUUGAACAAGUUUUCUUUAAUUUAUCAUUUUUUCUUUUUUUUACUUAGAAAUGUAACGUUUUGCACGUGUGCCAUGCAAUUUUAACAGAGUCUCCUGGAGGGCGAGGAGCUAUAAUUUACUAUUUUUACUUGAUUUGUAAACCAAUUGCAUCUGCAUUAGAGAAUGCUGUGAACAAAGUGACACUAGUUUAUUUAGCUAUGCUUGCUAAAAUAGGCUAUUUGUUUACCAGGGAAAUUCCUUUUGUACUUUUGUCGAUAGGUUGUGUUACAACCACUUUGGAAUGAUGUUUUGAUUUUUGUGCUCAUGAUUCAGCAUAGAAAAUGUUAUAACAGUGCCAUAUCCUUGAUGAAAAUCCCACAGGAAUACUGUAACCGUUCAUCCAGCUGUUGAAUGAAAAGGUGGAUUUUUCAUCUACUUAUAACUACUUACUGACACUUCAUUUAUUGCCAUUUAUGUAUUUAUUGUUUAGGCACUUUCAGUGGGACUGAUAAAUCCUGAUGGGAGACUUUUGGACUGAAAAGUGAAGGACAAGGAGAGGAGGGGUUGCUGACAUAGCGAGGUGGGGUUAUCUUUGGUGGGAAUGAAGAUUGAUUUGGUUUAUGCAAAUGAAUGUUGCAGGGAUUUAUGAAUAAAAUGCCCCUUAGAUCAAAACCUCUGAUUAAUCUGACCAUCACCAAUGAGGCUUACUUAAGAGUGCCUUGCCAACAAAAAAAGCCCUGAAAAUAUCCUGAUUUUAAAGCAAAACACAACCUGCUGUCCCACAUAUCAGAAGCAGAAAGCAAUUUUUAAAGGGAGUAAAGUAUUCAAAUAACAACUUCUCCCUCAUUAUCGCUGCAGAAAAGCACGGUGCACCUUCAGGAUAAUCCCUCAGCAUCAUUUUUGUGUAGAUCAGUGUGACGUGGCGUCGCAGCCACCCUUCUCGGGGCAGAAGGAAAUGAGGCGACCUCUGCAGGUCUAAUCACACUUUCAAUCACAGACACCACUGGGCCAAAAAUGAUGCUCUGCAGUGUACAGCGGGAACUCCUUGACAACCAACCAGAGAGCAUGCAGAGCACAGAGGAUAUGCAGCUUUUCAUCUUUACUGCAGCUCCACCAUUACCGGAUAAGCUGCAGCAGCAUCUCCUCAGAGGAAAACUUUAUUGGUUUUCCCAUCUUGUGUCACAAAUGUGUAUACUUCUUUUCUGUGCCAAGUCAGAGUAAAAUGUAGCUUACUGUUAAGACAGUCUGCUAGGCUUCAUUUGGACACACAAUUUGGAUGGGCGUCUGGGAAAAAAAGCAGGGCUUUUAGGGCUAUAGGCCUCAAACACACACCUUAAACCAUUCCCUCUCUGUCCACUUGAACUGACUCACUUGAAAUGUGCCAUGUUUCUUCACUUGCAUCAUUGAGUAGUUGUUUGUAAGCUUAAAAAAUCUUGGAAAAAAAAGAAAAAAAGAAGUGAUAGUUGAACAUUUCCGUCAAAUUCUUUUCUGUAUCUGGUUGCGUACUUUGUAGAUAAAAA